CGCCCAGAGGCCGCUGCAUCAGUGGCUCCGCCCGUCAGGUUGAUGCUGUAGUGCUGGAAACUAAAGCGGAGUUUGUGCACAAUAACGAUGGCAGAAAUAUCGCUUUAUCUAUCCAGCGUCAGUAUAACUGUGGCACAUGAUAUGGACCCUGAGAAGAGCUCUGGAAAAGAGAAGGGAUAUGAGUGUGUGGAGCUUGGUGAUCUGGACAGAAGAGAGAAAACCCCACGCCGCAUUAUUCACUUCUCGAGCGGGGAGACCAUGGAAGAAUACAGCACAGAUGAGGAGGAGGAAGACACAACACAGAACACAAAGAAAGACCUUCUUUCCUCCAUAGACACUUCCAAGCUGACCUGGGGCCCGUAUGUCUGGUUUCAGAUGUGGAGAGCAGCUACAUCCACUAUAUCUGCUUGUGAUUUAAUCGGUGAGCGAAUGGCAUCGCUUUUUGGCAUCACCUCAGCUAAAUAUCAGUAUGCCAUAGAUGAAUACAGCCGGUCAAAGAGGGAGAAGGAGGAGAGAGAUGAAGAUACGCGGCUCUCUGAAGAGGCAGAGCCCCUGUUUGAAGAGCAGCAGAAUGAUAAAGAUGAGGAUCCCAAGACCAACCAGCCUGACAACAACAGCAUUCAAGUACAGAUGAGCAAUGAGCUGGACCUUCACCCUUCUUUUGUACCCAACACCAUUCACAUCCCAGCUCUUGUUACUAGUACUUAACUGCAAAUAUAUUUUGACAUAUAAUUGUGGUUUAAACACUAGCCACUAUUCUUUAAAGCACUUAAAGGGAUACUCCACCCCAAAAUGAAAUUUUUGUCAUUAAUCACUUACCCCCAAGUCAUUCCAAACUCAUAAAAGC